CCUUGGCCAACUCAACUUGGAUUACACCCAUCACCUAACCUCUCCUUUUCCCACCUCCAUAAAACCCAUCUCUUCCCUCUCAAACCCAACAACACUUUAGUCUUCUUGUUCUUCUUUCCCCUCCUCUCCUUGUUCAUACUUACCUAGCUACCUAGGUUGGCAACAACGAAACAGAUCAGAAGAUGAUGACUCUGAAACUGAAACAGCUCCUUCUAUCACUCACCCUCCUCUUCACCACAACCUUAGCUCAGACUACACCUGCAACUGCCCCUGCCCCUUCUGGUCCCACCAACAUCACUGCAAUCCUAGAGAAGGCAGGGCAGUACAAUAUCUUCAUCAAGCUACUGAGAAGUACCCAAGUUGAAAACCAGAUCAAUACACAGCUCAACAACUCAAACCAAGGUCUUACUCUCUUUGCUCCACCAGACAAUGCCUUCUCUAAUCUCAAAGCAGGAAUCCUCAAUUCCCUCUCAGACGAGCAAAAGGUGGAGUUGGUUCAAUUUCAUACCCUCCCUUCUUAUGUUCCUCUCUCAUCAUUUCAAACUGUGAGUAACCCAAUUCGUACUCAAGCUGGGAACAGUAACAAUGGCCAAUUCCCAUUGAAUGUGACCACUUCAGGCAGCAAUGUGAACAUAACUACCGGAGUGGUUAAUACCACAGUGGCUAACACGAUCUACACAGAUGGGCAGUUAGCUGUGUAUCAGGUGGAUCAAGUACUUCUUCCUCUGGACUUCUUUACUACACCUGCGCCGGCUCCGGCACCGACUCCGGCCAAGAAGAAGAAGACACAUGCGUUUGCUCCUACAACUACGGCUGAUACUACUGCGGAUUCAUCUAAUGCCGUAAGGAUCAUCACAAAGUUCAGUACUGGGGUGUCCUUCGGAGUUGUUUUAGUGAUGGUUGCAGCCAUUGGUUUGUGACCCACUACUGGAUGAUUGCUCUAUUGGAUUGGAUCGAUCAUUGAUGAUUGUGAUCGAUAAGUUGCUGAAACGGGUCUGUUGUCAUCAAAUAUAGAGAAGAUUUCCCUUUUUUUUUUUUAAUUUGAGAUUUUUCAUAUUUUUUUUUCCUCUUCAUACAGAGGAUGAGUUCUGUGUAUUGUAUUAUAUUUUGAUUCACGUUCAGAUCAGAAAUCAGAAUAAAACAAAUGCUUGUAUAA